AUGAAAUUUCUAGUUCUUGCUUUGUGCAUUGUUGGAGCUAGUUGCGAUCUGAUUCCAUUUUCAACUGACCAAACAAAUAAAAUCAGAGAAUCGUGGAAUCAAAUCAAAAAUAAUGGAGUUGAUAUCCUUUACUACAUCUUUAAGGAGAAUCCAGACAUCCAAGACAAAUUUCCACAAUUUGCUGGAAAGGAUCUUGAUUCAAUCAAAGACACUUCAGACUUUUCCAAGCACGCUUCAAAUGUCAUCAGAUUUUUCUCAGAAUUAAUUCCAAUUAUUGAAGGCAAACCAAAUGUAGCUUCCUCGAAAUUUCUUAUCGAUAACUUAGCUGGAACCCAUAAAGCUCGCGGGGUCACAAAAGAUCAAUUUAAUAAGUUUCGUGCAUCACUCACCAAUUAUAUUGAAGAUAAUGUCCCGUUGGGUAAAAAUGUUUCGGCAGUUUGGCAAAAAGCUCUUGAUGGUGUUUAUUCUUAUCUGUACUUAGCUCUUGAUGGAAAUUCAUUUAAACUGUGGUGA